CUCAAGCCCUUGUGCAAUCUACACAAACAAAUAUCGGCUGAGGAUCAGUCUUAGAAAAUAGCGUAAAGAUGCAGAUGGUGUGUGGAGAACAUGAUCACGAGCUUCUUCGAGCUCAAUCUCAUGUUUGGAACCACAUUUUCAGCUUCAUAAAUUCUAUGUCUCUCAAAUGUGCUAUUCAAUUAUGUAUACCAGAUGUCAUCCAUAACCAUGGAAAACCCAUGACCCUUACCCAAUUGGUUACUGCAUUACCCGUUCACCCUUCUAAAACAAUCUUUGUCUACCGUCUCAUGCGCAUUUUAGCUCACUCUGGUUUCUUUACACUUACCAAAACUGGUGAAAAUGAUGAAGAAGAAGAGUAUGCUUAUGGUCUAACCACUUCUUCACAACUCCUCCUUAAGGACAACUCCUUGAGUGUAAGACCUUUCCUAAUGGUUGUGCUCGAUCCCGUGAUAACAACACCAUGGAAUCAUCUCUGCUCUUGGUUUCAAAACGGUGAAUAUUCUACUCCUUUUGAUAUAGCUCAUGGGAUGAAAUUUUGGGAGUAUGUUGCGUGUAAGCCAAACAUUAACCAUUUAUUUAAUGAAGCCAUGGCUAGUGAUGCCCGAUUAGUUAUUAGUGUGGUGAUUGAAAAGUGUGAGCAUGUGUUCAAGGGAUUAAAGUCAUUGAUUGAUGUUGGUGGUGGCACCGGAACUAUGGCCAAGGCCAUUGUUAAAGCUUUUCCACACGUGGAAUGCACUGUAUUUGAUCUCCCACAUGUCGUUUCUGACAUGCAAAGCCAUGGAAAUCUUAAAUAUAUCGGAGGAAACAUGUUUGAUGUCAUUCCUUCUGCAGAUGCAGUCUUACUUAAGUCGAUAUUACAUGAUUGGAAUGAUGAAGAAUGUGUGAAGAUUCUAAAGAAAUGUAAGGAAACAGUUACAAGCACCGGGAAGACGGGAAAAGUUAUCAUAAUAGACAUUUUGUUUGAGAAGAAAGAAGGGGAUGAUAAAUCGAUUGAAACGCAGCUUUUCUUUGACAUGUUGAUGAUGGUGUUGCUUACAGGGAAAGAGCGAGAUGAGAGAGAAUGGGCCAAGCUUUUCUUAGAUGCUGGUUUCACUCGCUAUGAAGUAAACCCAAUUUUAGGCGUAAGAUCUCUCAUUGAACUUUAUCCUUGAGAAGUCGUCAUGCUAUUUUGUGAAACUUGUCCUGGUUUUGACCAGAGUGUUUACUUUAGUGUUUUGCAAUUUCCCUAGAGUGCUGCACGAUGAAAUUGUACUUCAAUUUUAUUUAUCUGUUUUUAAUUUAGUUUGUGUCCACGACAUGAGUGGAAAUGUUAUAUGAAAUAAAUUUAUAAUGUUAUUUCUACGUA